AUGUCUCCGGCGGCGCCGCCGCUGGAGGACGAAAACCUACUCGCCGAGAUCCUCCUCCGCCUCCCUCCGCUGCCAUCCACCCUCCCCCGCGCCUCCCUCGUCUGCAAGCGCUGGCGCCUCCUCGUCUCCGACGUCCGCUUCUUCCGCCGCUUCCGCGAGCACCACCGCCACAGCCCUCCCCUCCUCGGCUGCUUCGUCGAGGGCGACCGAUGCGUCUCGUACACGCCCACCAUGGAUCCCCCCCAUCGCGUCCCCGGCGAGCGCCUAUCACUGCAGCUCAACGAGAGCUGCCACUCCUGGGUCCUCGGCUGCCGCCACGGCCUCGUGCUCAUCUCCCCCAACUCACGGAAUCACGUCCUGGUGUGGGACCCCGUCACCGGCGAGCAGCACCGCAUCGCUUUUCCCCCAGGGUUCGUCGGGGUCGCGAACUCGAUCCACGGGGCGGUGCUUCGCGCCGCCGGCGAGGCCCGCCACUUCCAGGUGAUCUUGGUAGGGGUUGGCGGACAAGACAAGCAACACAUGCGAUUGCUCGCCCGCGUUUACUCGUCGGAGAAAGGCGUCUGGGGUGCUCUCAUCUCACCACUGAUUCCAUUCGAGGGAUAUACUACUAGGGGUAUUUUCGCCAUCUAUUUUCGGGGCUUCUCGGCUCUGAUGCUUGGGAAUUCCCUUUACUGGUGCCUUGGCGGGCGUUCGGACGCAAUUCUCGAGUUUGAUUUGGAGAGGCAGAUCCUAGAUGUGAUCCGACUACCACCAUGUCUGUCUGAAGUGGAUCUCCUCCAGUUCGCGGUUAUGCGGGCUGAGGGUGGUGGACUGGGUUUACUCUCCAUAUUAGGCUUCACCGCCCAAUUAUGGAAGAGAAAGACUGAUUCUCACGGUGUUGCUUCAUGGGGAUGGGAAGAACUAUUGAACUGGACAAGCUACUAUCCCUGAAUCCAGAGAAGGAGAGAGUGCAACCCCUGAUAGAAGGGCUUGCCGAGUACAAUAAUGUGGUUUUGCUGACUACAGGUGGUGAUGGUGUCAUCAUGCUGCAGCUUGAGUCACUGCAAUUCAAGAAAUUUUACGAGACUACCAACGCAUUUUAUCAUCAUCAAUUCGAAAGUGUUUAUUCUGCAGGGACGAGCAUUGGUGGUGGGCAUGAUGGAGCUGAACUUUUGUCCAGUACAUAAGAUGAUUGUCUGGGUAGAUAUGCUAUUAUGAUUUUUGGUUGAGCAGGUAAGAAUAUCUUCUGCAUGCCAGUUGAAGUAUCUAAAAUGUUCUUUCAAAAUAAAAAAAUAUUGCGUUCCUUUUUACUACCAGUUCUUGGUUACCAAAUAGAUUGCUUUUGUUAGUGUGGGCUCUUCUCCGUCUAGCAUCUUAGCUGACAUUGCCACCGGCUAGCCAGGACGUGAGAUUGAUAUUGCCAGAGAUACAUAGGGACUGGGGUAGGGACAAAGCUAAGAUCGAAAAAGGGGGGUUUUUCACUGCUCAUUCAUUUCUUGCCGGUUCUACCGUUAUAGCUUGCCAUCGUUAUUUGCUUACAUCAUUAUUCUUGCCAUCCUUAUAGGCCAGACACACAUGACGCUUACAGUUGGGUCCCGCUUAACUUAACACACGCUUCGCCAAUCGCCAUCAUUAUCCGCGUACCUAACUCGACCGGUGGCGCCCUUGCUCUCUACGUCUUUUCCUCUGUUCUGGCUGUCUCACCACCUUCAGUUGUUACAUUUCCCCUCGGUAGUGCUGCUUCAGUAUAUUGAGAUCGUCCAAGUUGCCUGUUCUUGAGGAAUACCAGAACAGUUGAUAAACCCUUGCGGUAUAGCGGAAUUCCCUUUCUUGACGAGCCGCCGAUCAAGAAUUGCUUCAGGUCUGGAUUCUCCAGACCUAACUCAGUGAUUUCGGGACAUGGAACACGGGAUGGACGGCACUUCCAGGCUGCAGUUCCAAGAGAUAUACUCCCUCCGUCCGGAAAUACUUGUCUUAGAAAUGGUUGUGUCUAGACUUAUUUUAGUUAUAGAUACAUCCAUUUUCAACCAUUUCUAAGACAAGUAUUUCCGGACGGAGGGAGUACCUCUGAACCAAUUAGCUCCAAUCCAACACAGUGUACGGUCCAGAGUAUUUGAAUGCCAGCUUCAGACAAGGCCUGUUCACCGCUGAACAUUAAGCAUUAGGCUGCAGUUUGAGCAAUACCUUCUCACCCACUUGAAUGGUUUUCUCUGUUUGAUGCUUGUCAGCUUGCAUUUUUGUUUUGUUCUGCGCAUUGGCCAGAUGCCCCUUUAGUCAGUCCAGUUGCACUUGACAUUCCGCCACAAUUUUGCCAGCUUCAGUUGAUGUUGCCAGCUGCUCUUGACGUUCCACCACAAUUUUUACUAUUAAGUAACCAAAUAUGAUUGAGGGAGUGGUCAAAGUGUUGUUUUUUUGGUCCUUUUCUGGUCUAGUGAUUAGCCUGCUAAAAAAAUUCUUCUCUAUGUGCCCCCUGCCCUUCUAUCUCUCUCGCGAUGUAUAUAUUCUCUCUCUUGUAAAUUAUCUAUUUUAAUAAAAUUUACUGUCAGGGCCUCCCCUACAGUUUCCCCUAAAAAAGUGUUGUUUUUUUAUGCCGUGCAGUUUUCAAACAUGGCAUGUAUUCUGUACCGAAGAAAGUUUUAAAAAUAUAUUUCAAAUUGUUUGGUAAGCUAGACGGUUCAGCAUUUACCUCUGUAGGAGUUAUUUGAACCAUUGGUCUCUUAGCCUCUACUGAGAGAAGAUGGCGAAAAUGAUCGAGAAUGUGCUGACAGUAGAAGUUGAAAGUGUGCCACCACCCCACAAUUUACCUACUGAUAAUCUCUGUUUAUAUUUCUGUUUUUUUCCGAGAGCGCUGAGAUGAUUCAACUUCGGUGUUUUUGGUAGAAUUUCCUUUAUGGUGAAGCUAUUUUUUACUGUUUGAAUCAUAAAAACUUGUGAGGUUGCAUAACUUGUACUCUUUUCCAUGUAUUAGUCGUACAAAAUGGUUUGCCUAAUGACGUUGGUUGCUCCACAGGUACCUAGAUUUGUAUUCUUGUUUCUGAGAUGCAGGAAUUGGCUUCUGUGUUGUGGGUUCUGUCCAUUUUGUAUGCUUCAGACGGAGAUAUCGACCCCCUAUGUUGCACGCAUGGUCAACUGGGAAGUGGAAUUGUAGGAUUAAUCGUUCAUUGCUAACUUCCUCUGUUAUGUAAAUUCUAGGCGCAAUUAGCCUACUGGCUUGUUGAAGAUACACACUAGCUUACUUCGGUUAAUUAGCAUUUGGGGUACAUUUGCUUUAUGGUUUCCAAGCAAGCUUGCCUGCCCGAUGAUCUUGG